AUGAAACCAGUGUUCUCAUCAUAUAACCCUGACCGACAUCGCCAACAGCGACGUCUCAAUUUCACCUCUUUUGAUCCAACGCAUUCGUCACUUUCAUCGCGCUGCCAUGGAAGAUUUAACUCCAUCCUUUUGAUUUCGACCGAGACGGAGAAACAUUUACCUAUCAGAUCUGCUCCAAUGGCGUCUUCGACAGUGAUAGAUAUGAAGAGAUACGAUAUUAAAGUGGAGAACAAGGAUGAUCAUGAUGAUGAGAAGUGUCGGCGUUGUCCUUGGUGA